AUGGCGGCGGGGGCGCUGCGCCCCGCGCCCGGCUGAGGCGCGGCGCUCCCUGCGCUCAGUGCGGCCGCGGCGAUGUCGGAGCCGGAGCACCUGGGCGGGAAGCGGGCCGAGUCGGCGCGGCUGCGGCGGGCCGAGCAGCUCCGGCGCUGGAAGGGCUCCCUGACGGAGCAGGAGCCGGUGCGGCGGGGGGGCGGCCGUGGCCGGCAUCGCGGCGCCGGGGGGUCCCGCGUCCGCUUCGAGGAGGGCGCCGUCUUCCUGGCCGCCUGCUCCAGCGGGGACACCGAGGAGGUGAAGCGGCUGCUGGGCCGCGGCGCCCGCAUCAACACCACCAACGUGGACGGGCUGACAGCCCUGCACCAGGCCUGCAUAGAUGAGAACCUGGACAUGGUGAAGUUCCUUGUGGAAAAUGGAGCCAAUGUGAACCAGCAGGACAACGAGGGCUGGACCCCUCUGCACGCAGUGGCCUCCUGUGGCUACCUGAACAUAGCAGAGUACUUAAUCAGCCAUGGAGCCAACGUGGCUGCGGUGAACAGCGAAGGGGAAGUCCCUUCCGACAUCGCCGAGGAGGCUGCCAUGAAGGACCUGCUGCUGGAGCAAGUGAGGAAGCAAGGUGCAGACCUGGACCUGGCCAGGAAGGAAGAGGAGCAGCAGAUGCUGCAGGACGCUCGGCAGUGGCUCAACAGUGGCAGGAUUGAGGACGUGAAGCAGCCCCGGACAGGUGCCACAGCUCUGCAUGUGGCUGCAGCCAAGGGCUAUGCAGAAGUCAUGAGGCUCUUGAUCCAGGCUGGCUUUAACCUCAACGUGCAGGACAACGACGGCUGGACCCCGCUGCACGCUGCCGCGCACUGGGGCGUGAAGGAGGCUUGCUCCAUCCUGGCCGAGGCUCUGUGUGACAUGGACAUCAGGAACAAGCUGGGCCAGACACCCUUCGACGUGGCUGACGAGGGCCUGGUUGAGCACCUGGAGAUGCUGCAGAAGAAGCAGAGUGUGCUGCGAAGUGAGAAGGAGACGAGGAACAAACUGAUCGAGGCUGACAUGAACGGCAAGCCCCAGAGCAGGAUCUUCAGCAACAAGGAGAAGAUUCUGUACGGGGAGGAGACUCUGAAGUCCAUGGAGAGGGAGGAGGAGAACAAAGACUCCAGCAGCUCCAGCUCGGAAGAGGAGGAGGCUGAAGAUGAGGUUUCAGAAUCGGAUACUGAAAAGGAAUCAGAGAGGAAGGAAGAGCCUUUUGCCAACCACUCCAGCCAUGAAACCAGGCCUAGCACCACCCAGCAAAUGCCAGCACCUGAGCCCAACUCCUUCACUGCAUCUGCCAGAAGAUUCAGCUGGCUCGGCAAGGCAGAGGAGCAGAAGGAUGAGUCUCCCUCGUCCUGGCGGCUGGGGCUGCGCAAGACUGGCAGCCACAACGUCCUGAGCGAGGGCAGCAGCAGCCGUGAGGCGCCGCGGGAGAAGCCUUCCUGCAUCCACCGCUCCUCCUCCAGCCCGCGCAUCUCCGCCCUCCUGGACAGCAGGGAGCAGGAUAAAGACAACAAGAGCUACCUUGCCACCAUAGCCCCCCGAAGACUGAGCAGCACAAGUGACAUAGAAGAGAAAGAAAACAGGGGAUCCGCAGUGACGCUGGUGCGCAGCGGCUCCUACGCGCGGCCGCCCUGGCGGGACGAGUCCAAGGCCAGCGAAGCUCCUCACCCUGGGGCUCCUACGACUUAUGUCUCCACCUACUUGAAAAGUGCUUCCUUUGGUAGAAGUAGUGACCUCAGCAGCCCCUUCAUGUCAGCCAGUCGCAGUCCAUCUCUAGCUACCUCACCCACUGCCAUUGGCUCAUCUACCUCCCUGGGCACCCCGUGGCAACCUGUCUCUUCCUGCCCCACAGCUCCCGGUGCGAGCACUCCGGCAGCAGCCCGACAGCACUCCAGGUCCUAUCUGACUCCGGUGCGGGAUGAGGAGGCGGAGUCCCUGCGGAAGGCUCGGUCCAGGCAGGCGCGGCAGACGCGCAGGUCCACGCAGGGUGUGACACUGACAGACCUGCAGGAGGCAGAGCGAACCUUCAGCCGGUCGCGGGCGGAGCGGCAGGCGCAGGAGCAGCCCAGCGAGAAGGAGGAGAGCGCAGAGCCGGCCGGGGACAGCGGCGACAGGCAGGAGGGCAGAGCUCGCUGGAGCAGGAGCACGGAUGAGGAGAACAUCUACCGGCGGCUGAGGUGCCCGGCGCCAGCAGAGAAGCCUACCACACCUGUGUCCCCCUCCACCUCAGCACCUCUCCUCUAUACAAGCUCCUACCUGACUCGAACAAAUAAGUAUCUGAGUCCUGACUCUGUGAACCCAGCAGACUUCAGAGGUACAGCCACAGAGAUGGAGAAGAAUGAGUGUGAAGAGCAGGAGGCAGAGGACAGGGCUCUGAGCAAGCAGUCCAUCCGCGAGCGGCGGCGGCCCAAGGAGAGGCGGAGAGGCACAGGAAUCAUCUUCUCCACAAAGGAUGAUGAAGAUGAAGUGGAUGGAAACGAGGAAGUGAAGGAGGCUCGGCAUGAAAGACUUUCCAGGUUGGAAGCAGCUACAAACCCCAGCAGCAGUGAGUCCUCCUACAGCGACCGUGCCUCCAGCCGCGCCAGUGCCUACAGCCGCAGGGAGAACCGAUUGGCCGCGCUCAGCAGCCGGGCGGAGGAGGAGAGCAACAGGGACUACAAGAGACUAUACGAAAGUGCCCUGGCUGAAAAUCAGAAGCUGAAGUCAAAACUGAAGGAAGCUCAACUCGAGCUGGCUGAAAUCAAAUCCAAGUUGGAAAAAGCAGCCCAGCAGAAGCAGGAGAAGAGCUCUGACCGCUCCUGCAUGCUGGAGCUGGAGAAAAGGGAGAAGAGAGCCCUGGAGCGGAAACUCUCUGAGAUGGAAGAGGAGAUGAAGAUUUUGACAGAGCUGAAGUCAGACAACCAAAGGCUGAAGGACGAGAACGGAGCCCUCAUUCGUGUCAUCAGCAAACUCUCCAAAUAGGGAUCCUGAGCAAAGGCAGGCCCAGGAGGGGUGCCCUACACCAGCUGCCAGCCCUGCCACCCAGCCCUCCCCACGCUGCCCUCCUGCCCGGUACAGCAAGUGUCUCAGCCAUGGGAUCAGCCUGGCACACCUCCUGGCCCAGCCUGCUGCUGUACAUUCCCUUCCUGCCCACAGCUCCCCAGCACACCUCUGCCAGGCUCUUGUUUGGAAUUGGAGGUGGUGUCUUGGACACUCUUCAAGGGAGAAGAGAAAUGUGAGGGCUGGGGGUGAGCUGCCACAACCUCUCCUGCAGGCUCAGCGUGUGGUGGGGAACCUUGGUCUGGAGCAGGUGACUCCUGCUUGGACAAGUGACACCUAAAGAACUGAUCCAGCACAGCCAAGUCCUUCAGGGGUGGGAGAUGUGGACCUGGGCUGGGACUCUGAGGAUGCUCAGCAACCCCCCCCCAGAUGUGGGUCACAAAGUGAUGCUGUGAAAGCCACCAGGGCUGAUGCUCUAACAGGCUGACUGCUGCUUUGCACAGAGACCUUCUCCUUCCACCCCAGCAGACCAAGUCUGGUCUUGUUCCUGUUCAGCACCACCAGCGCUGACUCUCAGCAUCAGAUCCCUCCUCCCUCCCCUGCCUUUCCUUCACAGCCUGGCUGACUUGGUGUCAGGCUGGGUCCUUCCAGGCCUCCUGGUUCUGCUCACUGCACCUGGGCUCUUGCUGCUGGGGACAGGAUGCACCACAGAUACUUGCCAAGCUUCCUGAAGGACAGGCUUGAAGCCCUGGAGGUCCUCUGCUGCUCUCACUUGUCUGUCAGUGUAAAUCACCUUGCAGGAUCUCUGCCCACACCAGAAAUCAGCCUCCCUGUCCCACAGCAGGGACAUUUUCCUGCCAUCCUCUCAAGGGCAGAAGGAUGUGGUGGGGCUGGGCUGGGCUUCCAGGCACCUGGCUCUGGCCUGCAGGUGAAGGCAGCACUGGCUGGGUUGCAGAGACAGGGAACAGCAGAGGCCUGUGGGUGAAGAACCUUGGCAGAGCACAGAGUGGUGAUCAUUGUCCUCCUGCAUGCCUGGGAGAGGUGUGGGGUGUUGGUGUCAGAGGGGCAAGGAGCUGACCUCAGGGUGCUGGUAGCUGGCUGGGAUGAAAGUCUUUCAGUCUGUCAGAAGCUUGCAAUAAGCCUUGGCCUUGAAGGAAACCUCAAAACCUCUCUUUGAUGUUCUGCAUACUGAGAACAGUUUGGGACUGUCCCGUGGGCAUCGAGGCAGUGGCUGUGUGCGGUGAGUGCUGAGAGCAGCAGCAACCUGCUGUGGAGCUGUUCAGCUUCCCCUUCACACACUUCUCUCAAACGAUUCUUUCCCUCUGAGACUUCUUGCUGCACCCAAGCCACUUCCCCUCUCCCUCCCUCCUGAUUGCUCCUUUCACUUCCCUUGUCCUUUGCUUUCCCUGCCCUGCCUGGCUGAGAGCUGCAGUCUCAGUCGCUCAACUUGGAGGUUACCAUGAAGUUGCUCUGACUUUGCCUGGGCACCUCUGCUAACUGAGCUGGCAUCUCUUGCCAGGCCAGUGGGUCUCUUUGUGCUCUGAGGGAGAGAGAGGAGAUACUUGAACGUGGGCAUGAUUCUGGAGCUUGCUCAGAAGUUUCUCCUUCAGUCCUGAGCUUUUUGGAACCUUUUGCUGGUUACUGCCUCAGAAAGUGAUUUAGUUUCCUCUGCCUUGGACUUUUUAAUUUGGUUUGUUGGUUUUUGGUUGUUUUUUUUUUAACUACUUCUCCAUUUUCCACCCCCCCUUCCCCUCCCUGUCCUGCCUGUUUCCACCUCUCUUGCUCUUCUCAGAGCUGCUGAUGUUCCCCAGGCAGCUCUAGGCAGAGGCUCCUGCUCCGCACUGCUGCCAGCGGAGCCGUUGCUGUGCAGCCUGAGGAGCUGCUUCUCCUGGCACUCUGAGGCCCUUCCUCUGCUGCUGUGCUUUGGGGAGGAAGAGACCAAAGCUGGUGACAGCAUCAGGGUUUCUGCAGAGCACAGCCUAAGCCAGGCCUUAUCUCUCUUUGUUUUAACCCUGCUCUAUUGAACUGCUUUAAGUCUCGAGAUCCAGUCAAUGCUUCCCCUGCACGUUCCCUCUUGGUGCACUCUUUCUGUGAGUACUUCUGCAGUCCUUGGUGUUCUUCCUCUCAGUGACCCACUCCUCACUUCAGACCUGGGCUCUCUCAGCUCUCAACAGGAGCCCAGUCCCUUCUGUGCCACGUGGAGGAGAGAGCCUCACCUGCUGGGGCUGUUAGUUGCCUGCCAGUGUGGGUCCUGCAUCCCAGCAGGACAAGGGACAAGAUUUCAGCCUGAGGAGGCAGGUUCCUGGCAGCACGUUCCUGGUGUCUGUGGUAGGGAGAGGCUUCAGCCCACCCUGCCAAACCCACCCUGCACUGACAGCUUGCCCCUUCCCACCAGGACACUCGCUGUGGUUUACUGGACAGAGCAGGCUGCAGAGGGUGCAGGAGGCUUCGUUCCUCUGCCUGGCAUCUUGCAAAGCCAAACCACUGCAGCCCAAGUCUCUGCUGAGCACUGGAUGAUGCCCCUGAAGGGGCACAGGACCCACCAACAGUCGAGUGUCACUGGCUAGCCAAAGCUGUGAGUGUUCCCUGAGGACAACACCAUCCAACCCAGACCCUUGAGGAGGGUUCUUGGUCUCCCUGCCCUAAAGCAGUGCACCGAGGAGGUGAGGAGCAGGAGGAUCCCACACUCUGCACUCAGGCAGGGCGUGGAGCAGGUCUUGGAGCUGAUCCCUGCUGCAGCAGAGGGUUUGCCAGGUGUGCUCUCCACUGGCUUUUGUUUUUCUAAGCAGCUGCUUGGGGUGAAUUCAUUUUUACUGCUUGGGGUGAACCCACCUGUCGUGGCUGCGAGUUGGAUGAUGGCUCUUUGUAAAUAAACUGCUGGGAGAAGCAGGACAAAGCUAACAGAGAUGGGGAGAGAAUGUAUUUUUAUGCAACUUUUUGAGUGGCCUUUUAAACCCCUGAGAUGAAUGAUUUGUUUUACUGGUUGUUGUUAUAUAGUAUUAUAAGUAUUAUGUGUUUGAAAGUUUGGGAAUAAUAUCCACACCUAUGAUGCUUGUAAACACAACAGUAUUUAUAAAGGAAUAAAGAAGAGUUGGUAAAAUAGAA